UCUCACUGUUUCUGCAACACACAGCAAUGGCUUCCUCGCGUCGCAAUAGCAAUGGUCGAUCACCGCUCGUCAAUCCACAGCGUCAAAUCACUUCCUUCUUCUCCAAAUCCACUUCACCUUCUCCCAUUCUCUCCAACACCAAACAAAAACUAAACCCUAAUCCCAUUCCAGACCCUAGCCCUAGCACUAGCCCUAGCCCUACCACACCUUCCCCUUGCAAUCCCAAACCGCAUAAGCCACUUCUUCUCAUCGGCGCUUCUUCUUCACCAUCCACUCCGUCUUCUCUCUUCGGUCAAGAGGUCGUUGGCAGGAGGAUCAAGGUUUAUUGGCCUUUGGACAAAGCCUGGUACGAAGGUUUUGUCAAAUCUUUCGAUAACGUUUCCUCCAAGCAUUCGGUUCAGUAUGACGAUGACGAAGAGGAAUCCCUCGACCUUUCUAAGGAGAAGAUCGAGUGGAUUCAGGAGUCCUCUUCGAAGAAGCUUAAACGGCUGCGUCGUGGUGUUCCAUCUAUUAGGCAGAUGGUGAUUGAGGACGAUGAGGUAGAAGAGAGUCGCAAAGAAGAAGAUGAUGAUUCCAGCGAUGAAGAUUGGGGGAAGAAUGCUGUAUUUGAAGAUUCUGGUAAUGGUGAAGAAGAAGAUAUGGAAUUAGAGGACGAAGGCCAUGUAGCAGAGAGGGAUAAAGGAAAGCCUAGCGGGAAGGUUGAGCCCAAAAAGCGGAAAUUAAUUGGAACAGGGAAACUAGAGCCUUCAAAAAGGAGCAAGGACGGAGCCGAAGGUGGUAAGGGAGGUUUCAAGCUCUCAGUAUUGGAGCCUACAUGUAAUUUGGAGAUUAAAAAGACAUCUAUUGGCGUUGACAAUGUUGCAACUGAUGAUGUCUCUCAAAGAUUUGCAGUUCGCGAAGCUCAGAAAUUCCGUUUCCUAAGAGAAGAUCGCAGGGAUGCCAAGCGAAGGCGUCCAGGAGAUGAAAAUUAUGAUUCAAGAACUCUCUACUUGCCUCCCGAUUUCUUAAGGAGUUUGUCAGAUGGCCAGAAACAAUGGUGGGAAUUCAAGUCAAAGCAUAUGGACAAAGUUUUGUUUUUCAAGAUGGGUAAAUUUUAUGAGCUUUUUGAGAUGGAUGCACAUGUAGGGGUGAAAGAGCUUGACUUGCAGUAUAUGAAGGGAGAGCAACCUCAUUGUGGAUUUCCAGAGAAGAAUUUCUCAAUGAAUGCGGAGAAACUGGCUAGGAAGGGUUAUCGAGUUCUUGUUGUAGAGCAGACUGAAACACCUGAACAGCUGGAGCUUCGUCGCAAGCAGAAGGGCUCUAAAGACAAGGUUGUGAGACGUGAAAUAUGUGCAGUGGUUACAAAAGGCACAUUAAUGGAUGGGGAGUUACUGUCAGCAAACCCUGAAGCUGCAUAUUUAAUGGCACUGACUGAGCACCACGAAAACCAUCAAAAUGAAAUUUCAGAGCAUAUCUACGGUGUUUGUGUAGUUGAUGUUGCCACAAGCAGAGUCAUUCUUGGACAGUUUAAGGACGACUUGGAGUGCAGUGCCUUGUGUUGUAUCUUGUCUGAGAUCAGGCCAGUUGAAAUUAUUAAACCUGCUAAACUGCUCAGUGCUGAAACAGAGAGAGUACUGCUGAAGCAUACCAGAAAUCCUCUGGUGAAUGAAUUAGUUCCAAUUCUGGAAUUUUGGGAUGCUGACAAAACUGUUGAUCAGUUGAAGAGAAUUUACAGGCACACUAAUGAUGUUAGUGUUGAAGAUAAUGGGUUAGAUUGCCUGCCAGGUGUUUUACUGGAGCUGGUGAAAACAUGUGAUGACAGUAGAACUGCACUUUCUGCGUUAGGCGGUGCUCUCUAUUAUCUGAAACAGGCUUUCCUAGAUGAGAGGUUGCUUAGAUAUGCACAAUUUGAGUUACUUCCAUGUUCUGGUUUCUGUGAUCUUGCUUCAAAACCAUACAUGGUUCUUGAUGCAGCAGCCCUGGAGAAUCUUGAGAUAUUUGAGAAUAGCAGAAAUGGAGAUUCUUCAGGCACACUCUAUGCUCAAUUAAACCAAUGUGUUACUGCAUUUGGAAAGAGAUUGCUAAAGACAUGGCUUGCAAGACCAUUAUCUCAUGUGGAGUCAAUUAAGGAACGCCAGGAAGCUGUUGCUGGUUUGAAGGUAGGUUUAUUGACCAUGCAUUUUGCUUCUGAUUCUGAGUUGCCUGUGAUGUACAGUUUGACAUCUACUAAACGAUACCUUGGCUUUUCUUUUCAGGGAGUUAAUCUACCUUCUGCACUAGAAUUUCGAAAAGCACUAUCAAAACUACCUGACAUGGAGCGGUUGCUUGCACGUAUCUUCUCUACUAGUGAAGUUAGUGGAAGGAACGCUAAUAAAGUGGUACUUUAUGAGGAUGCAGCAAAGAAACAACUACAAGAGUUUAUUUCAGCUCUGCGUGGUUGUGAGCUAAUGGCACAUGCAUGCUCUUCACUUGGUGUCAUUUUGAAUAAUGUUAAAUCUAGACUACUUAAUUAUCUGUUAACACCUGGUAAAGGUUUUCCUGAUGUUUGCACGGAUCUUAAUCAUUUCAAGGAUGCCUUUGAUUGGGUGGAAGCCAAUGACUCUGGGCGUAUAAUACCUCAUGAAGGAGUCGACGUAGAAUAUGACUCAGCCAGUAAGGCUGUAAAAGAGAUUGAGUCCAGUCUAUUAAAGCAUCUCAAGGAACAAAGGAAAUUACUUGGAGACACAUCAAUCACUUACGUUAAUAUUGGAAAGGAGGCAUACCUAUUGGAAGUGCCAGAAAAUUUGUCUGGGAAUAUUCCUCGGGAUUAUGAGCUGCGUUCAUCCAGAAAAGGCUUCUUUAGGUACUGGACUCCAGAUAUUAAAAAGUUUUUGAGAGAGCUCUCCCAAGCCGAAUCUGAAAAAGAGUCCUUAUUGAAAAGUACAUUGCAGAGAUUAAUUGGGCGCUUUUGUGAACAUCACACUAAAUGGAAGCAGUUGGUGGCUGCAACUGCUGAACUGGAUGUUUUGAUCAGUUUAGCUAUUGCCAGUGACUACUAUGAAGGAUCAACAUGCAGACCAAGUUUUGUAGGCACAUUAUGUUCAAAAGAAGCUCCAUUCCUCCAUGCUAAAAGUUUGGGACACCCAGUCCUUAGGAGUGAUUCCUUGGGCAAGGGUGCAUUUGUACCCAAUGAUAUAACUAUUGGUGGUCCACAUGAUGCUGGCUUUAUUCUUCUAACAGGUCCUAACAUGGGUGGGAAGUCAACUCUUCUUCGCCAAGUUUGCUUGGCUGUGAUUUUGGCCCAGGUAGGGGCUGAUGUCCCAGCAGAAAGUUUUGAUUUGUCACCUGUGGACCGAAUCUUUGUUCGAAUGGGUGCCAAAGAUAAUAUCAUGGCUGGCCAAAGUACAUUUUUAACCGAGCUCUCAGAAACUGCAACAAUGCUGUCGUCAGCCACUCGUAAUUCAUUGGUGGCUCUGGAUGAGCUUGGGCGUGGGACCUCAACUUCUGAUGGGCAAGCCAUUGCGGAAUCAGUAUUAGAACAUCUUGUGCGGAAGGUGCAGUGUCGUGGAUUGUUUUCUACACACUAUCAUCGAUUAGCUAUAGAUUAUCUCAAAGAUCCCAAGGUCUGUCUCUGCCACAUGGGAUGUCAAGUCGGUGGUGGAACUGCAGGUUUGGACGAAGUCACCUUUCUUUACAGGCUGACCCGUGGUGCUUGCCCCAAGAGCUAUGGUGUUAAUGUUGCUCGGUUAGCAGGACUUCCAACUUCUGUGCUUCAGAAGGCUGCUGCCAAGUCCAGAGAAUUUGAGGUCACUUAUGGUAAAUGCAGAAAGGCGUCUUCUGAAACAAACUCUCCCAAUCAAAAUUGGGUUGAUGAGAUAAAAGUGAUCAUACAAAAAUUGAAUAAUGCCGCUACAAAUUCGAGUUGCGAGGAAACCAUUUACAUUAGUUCCCUAAGUGAGCUUCAGAGUAAAGCAAGAGAACUACUGCAGCGAUGUUAA